AUGGGCUUGGCCUGCAAUAAUACGCUGGAGGAGAUGAGGAUAUCACCCGGUUCCGAAAUUCUCCUCGUCGGCCCCCUCAACUUCCACGACCUCGCUCGUGUUAUUGCUGCCUCGUGCACCCUCAUCGCCACCACCUUGAGCCUCUUCCUCAUCUGGAUGCACGCCCUCCACUAUACCCAACCCAGCGAGCAGCGAUACAUCAUCCGCAUCCUCUUCAUGGUCCCCGUAUACGCCCUGUCGUCCUUGUUCCAGCUCCAGUGGUAUUGGCACGCUAUCUACUUCCAGGUCAUCUCCGACUGCUACGAAGCCUUCGCCAUCGCCUCCUUCUUCGCCCUCAUCUGCCACUACGUCGCACCCGACCUGCACAGCCAGAAGGACUUCUUCCGCGCCAUGUACCCGAUAAAACCGUGGGUUAUGCCCGUCAACUGGUUUGCCAAGUGUUGCGGCGGUGACAGGGGACCGUGGAGGACGCCGAAAAGCGGGCUGACCUGGUUCAACAUCAUCUGGAUCGGCAUCUACCACUACUGCUUCGUACGCGUCGCCAUGACCAUUUCCGCCGUUAUUACCCAGUACCACGGCCGCUACUGCGAGAGCUCGAACAGCCCAGUCUUUGGCCACAUCUGGAUUAUCGUCAUCAAUGCUCUAGCCGUCACCGUCGCCAUGUUCUGCCUCAUCCAGUUCUACAUCCAGCUCAAAGAGCCGCUCGCCGAGCAGAACCUUUUCCUCAAGAUUGUCGCCAUCAAGCUCGUCGUAUUCUUGUCCUUUUGGCAGUCGGCCGCCAUCUCAGUUGGCACCUCGACACUCAAAAUUGUCCAUUCGAACAAGGUUCUCGCAUACCCCGAUAUCAAAGUCGGCAUCCCGGCACUGCUCCUGUGCGUCGAGAUGGCCUGUUUUGCCGUUCUGCACCUGUGGGCCUUUCCCUACGCCCCAUACAGGGUCAGCGCGCCUCCGAGCUUCUACCCUGUCGCCAACGCGGACAAGGCGGACAGCUCGGCGAGGGAGAAGGAGCGUGUGCCGCCCAGCGGUGGCUUCUUGGGAGUGCUCGCCCUGUUCGAUGCCAUGCUGCUGUGGGACUUUGUCAAGGCCUUUGGCCGCGGCAUGCGCUGGCUGUUUUGCGGCGUCAAGCGCCGCAAAGAGGACGUCAGCUACCAGCUCAAUCGAGGGGACGCCGUAGACCUGGACCACCUGCCCGAGAGCAAGGAGGCCGCGAACUCGUACGAUGCGAUAAGUUCAAGGCCCAGGGUGGAUGAUCGCGAUGGCUCGCGACAGGAUCGCUACCUGAUGCCGACGCAACCGUCCGGCCACGGUCACGGCCAUGCCCAUGGCAUCGCAUCCGGUGGAGUCGCUGGUGCUGGAUACGACGAGAGCGUGGCCUUGAUGGAGAACGGGCAGCCAAACCCGUACCGAGGCGGCGAUUCGCGCUCCCCGUCCCGAGGGCCAACUCCUCAGGGUGACCGGCUGGCCGAGUCCCCGCUGCCGACCCAUGACGAUCCGCAGUUGAGAGGGACCCAAGCAGGACGGACAAAGGCGCAGGAGGCGAUAGGGCAGGCUCUCUGGGGACCUUGA